CGCGAUUGCUUCAGCCUCUCGUGACUGUAAAUGCGUAGUUAGUUGUUCGGCGCACAGGACCGCCAGCGGCGUGCAAGGUUGCUUGCCAGCCCUGCGUCGCUCAUCUUCUUCUCGUUUCCAUCCAGCCUCGUCUCCCUGCUGGUGCUGCAGCUGGCUGUGAUCUGCGCACACCAAACCUUUCGUUAGCACUCCUCGAACUUCCGCCCUACCGUGCCUACCUACAAGACAAUCCUGCACUCCACAUUUUUCUCUCCCUCAUCUUCUACCAACCACUCUCCAAACCGAACAUCAACACUCCGUCCUUGAGACCUUUCCCACUGACUCUUGAUUCCUCUCGUCAAUCGUCGCAAUCAUGUCUGCCCCCGCAACGCCAGAAGUCCUUUGGGCUCAACGAUCCAACAAGACCGAUGCGGCAAAGAAUUUCAUCUACCUCACCAUCUCCGUACCGGAUGUCCAGCCUUCACAUCUCAAGCUUGACCUGAAGCCACAAUCCCUCGCCUUCUCCGGUCACUCAGACUCGCUCAAGAGAGACUACCACCUCGAGCUCGAGUUCUAUGCUGAGAUUGACAAGGAGGAGAGCAAGAUCAACCACACCGCUAAGAACAUUGAGAUCGUCCUGAGAAAGAAGGAGCUGAAGGAGGAAUUCUGGCCCCGGCUCUUGAAGGAUGCCAAGAAGGUUCACUUCUUGAAGACCGACUUUGACAAGUGGGUUGACGAGGAUGAGCAAGACGAGGCCCCUGAGGACGAUCUAGGAAACAUGGGCGGAAUGGGUGGCAUGCCAGGUAUGGGUGACAUGAGCUCAAUGAUGGGAGGAGCAGGAGGCGACUUCGGUGGCAUCGACUUCUCCAAGCUUGGUGGAGGCAUGGGCGGUGAGGAGGGUGAGGAGGAAGGGGAAGAAGACGACGAAGAUGAAGACAUGCCCGAGCUCGAGGAGGACGAGGCGAGCAGCAGCGAGAAACCCGCAUCUUCCAAGAUUGAGGAGGUCGCUUAGAUUUUCCUGUCCUAGAGGCGCAACAAGACGGUGACUCCUUUGGUUCAGUAUUUCCAGCGUCUCAGUGGAUAUCAGGGGAUUAGGGAAAGCUGUUGCUUUGGACACAUCAUUCGAUGACUAAGAUUUCCUGGUUGGUGUGUGAAAUACCUUUGCAGCAAAGAAAAGCACAGAAUGUCUCUCCAUAUCUUUUGUUUCUUUUCUGCGAUUGCAAAUGUGAAUUGGCAUGUUUUCUUUUCUUAAUUUUAGCCGACCAUGUGGUACAGAUGCCGUGAUCGUCCUCAAGCG